AUGCCAAAGUUAGUUUUAGUCAGACACGGUCAAUCGGACUGGAAUGAGAAAAACUUGUUCACCGGUUGGGUCGAUUGUAAAUUGUCCGAGACUGGUAGAAAGGAAGCCAAGAGAGCUGGUGAAUUGCUCGAAGAAGCAGGAAUCAAGCUCGAUAUUGUCCACACCUCCAAGUUGUCAAGAGCCAUCCAAACUGCCGACAUUGCUUUAGAAGCUGCCGACCAAUUGUGGAUCCCUGUCAAGAGAUCAUGGAGAUUGAAUGAAAGACACUAUGGUGCUUUGCAAGGGUUGGACAAGGCCAACACUUUGGAGAAAUACGGUAAGGAGAAAUUCCAAACUUGGAGAAGAUCCUUUGACGUCCCCCCACCACCAAUUGCUCCCGACGCUGAAUACUCUCAAGUGGGCGAGAGAAGAUACGACGACAUUGACCCAGCCUGUAUUCCAUUGACCGAGUCAUUGAAGUUGGUCAUCGACAGAUUGUUGCCCUACUGGCAAGACGAGAUUGCCGGCGACUUGUUGGAAGGCAAAGUUGUCUUGAUUGCUGCUCACGGCAACUCCUUGAGAGCGUUGGUCAAGCACUUGGACAACAUUUCCGACGAGGAAAUUGCUGGCUUGAACAUCCCAACUGGUAUUCCAUUGGUUUACGAAUUGGAUGAGAAAUUGAAGCCAACCAAGCCAGCAUACUACUUGGACCCUGAAGCCGCUGAAGCCGGAGCUGCAGCCGUUGCCGCUCAAGGACAAAAGAAAUAA